GCUGAUUGUUGAGUCAGUUCUGAAAAAUACUACCAAAUUGAGCUGGAACAAGACUGUUAAACAAGAAGAAUGGCGAGUGAAAUGUCCUAUCGCAUGAGGGCGAUCAAGUGUCCAACGGACGAGCUGUCACUAACGAACAAGGCCAUUGUGAACGUAUCCGAUUUUACGGAGGAGGUCAAAUAUGUGGAAAUAUCGCCGGGACCGGGACUGCGCUACGUCUUUGCGCUGGAGAAGAUUAGCGAGGCGGAACUGCCCGCCGGCCACGUCGGUUUCUCUUUCGUCCAUCGAAAGUGGGUCUCGCUCUCAAUCAACCAGGAAAUAGACGUACGACCCUACCGAUUCGACGCCAGCGCCGAUAUCAUAACACUCGUGUCCUUCGAGACGGACUUCCUGCAGAAGAAGACCAUCACGCAGGAGCCCUACGACUCGGACGAGAUGGCCAAGGAGUUCCUCAUGCAGUUCUCCGGAAUGCCCCUGACCGUCGGGCAAACGCUGGUCUUUCAGUUCAAAGACAAGAAGUUCCUGGGCCUCGCUGUGAAAACGCUGGAGGCAGUGGAUCCCCGGACGGUGGGAGAUGCUCAGCCAAAGACCCGUAACGUGCGUUUCGGUCGCAUUCUUGGAAACACAGUGGUGCAGUUCGAGAAGGCCGAAAACUCAGUGCUGAAUCUGCAGGGUCGAUCCAAGGGCAAAAUUGUGCGCCAGUCGAUCAUUAAUCCGGAUUGGGACUUUGGUAAGAUGGGCAUUGGUGGCCUGGACAAGGAGUUCAAUGCGAUUUUCCGACGCGCGUUUGCGUCGCGCGUUUUUCCGCCGGAACUGGUCGAGCAGCUGGGCAUCAAGCACGUGAAGGGCAUCCUUUUGUACGGACCACCUGGCACGGGUAAAACCUUGAUGGCCCGCCAAAUAGGAACCAUGCUGAAUGCCCGCGAACCAAAGAUUGUAAAUGGUCCACAGAUCCUGGACAAAUAUGUGGGCGAGUCAGAGGCCAACAUCCGACGAUUAUUCGCCGAAGCCGAGGAGGAGGAGAAGCGCUUGGGACCGAACAGUGGGCUGCACAUCAUUAUCUUCGACGAGAUCGAUGCCAUUUGCAAGGCUCGAGGUUCGGUGGCCGGCAACAGUGGUGUCCACGACACGGUCGUCAAUCAACUGCUGGCCAAGAUUGACGGCGUGGAACAGUUGAACAAUAUCCUGGUGAUAGGAAUGACCAACAGGCGGGACAUGAUCGAUGAGGCCCUGCUGCGUCCUGGCCGCUUGGAAGUUCAAAUGGAGAUCAGCUUACCCAAUGAGCAGGGACGCGUCCAAAUCCUCAACAUCCACACAAAACGAAUGCGGGACUUCAACAAAAUAGCCAGUGAUGUGGAUAACAAUGAGAUAGCGGCCAGGACAAAGAACUUCAGUGGUGCAGAGCUGGAGGGAUUAGUUAGAGCGGCUCAAUCAACGGCCAUGAACCGACUAAUCAAGGCAGAUUCCAAGGUACACGUGGAUCCUGAGGCUAUGGAAAAAUUGCGAGUGACCCGUGCCGAUUUCAUCCACGCUUUGGACAACGACAUCAAGCCCGCUUUUGGAGCCGCCCAGGAAAUGUUGGAGAAUCUGCUGUCGCGCGGAAUCAUCAACUGGGGUGCACCCGUGAGUGAGAUACUGGAGGAUGGCAUGCUAUCUGUGCAGCAGGCGAAGGCCACCGAGGGCUCCGGACUGGUGUCCGUUCUCAUCGAGGGAGCUCCCAACUCCGGCAAAUCAGCGCUGGCGGCCAAUCUGGCCAAGAUGAGCGAUUUCCCGUUUGUCAAGGUUUGUUCCCCGGAGGAUAUGGUGGGUUUUACGGAGUCCGCCAAGUGCCUGCACAUCCGCAAGAUCUUCGACGACGCCUACCGCUCCACGUUGAGCUGCAUUGUGGUGGACAAUGUGGAGAGGUUGCUGGACUACGGUCCGAUUGGGCCCAGGUACUCCAAUCUCACGUUGCAGGCGCUUUUGGUGCUGCUGAAAAAGCAGCCGCCCAAGGGCCGCAAGCUCCUCAUCCUGUGCACCACCAGCCGGCGAGAUGUUCUCGAAGAGAUGGAAAUGCUGCCGGCUUUUACAUCCGUUCUGCAUGUGUCCAAUCUCUCAACGGCCGAGCAUGUCCUCGCCGUGCUGGAUGACUCAGAUUUUUUCAGUCCCGAGGAGUUGCAGAACAUAGCAAGGAAUAUGGCCGGCAAGCGGGUGUGCAUCGGCAUCAAGAAGUUGCUGGCCCUCAUCGACAUGAUCCGGCAAUCGGAGCCCCACCAACGCGUUAUCAAGUUCCUCAGCAAAAUGGAGGAGGAGGGCGGUCUGGAUCUGGUGGCCAGGACACACUAGCUACCGCCCAUUGCCGAGCUUCGGUUGUCCGUUGUGGAGCUAAACGACGCCUUUUAACUUCUUUACAUUCCAUAUUCAAUCAUCUAGGGUGGGUCGAUUUGAUUGAUAAUAAAGUUCAGGGGCUGAUAUUUAAUAUAAAAUGAUUUCGAAACUAUUCAACUUUUUAUUCGAAUAUAUUUUUUGCGGGAAUCAGACUAUAUAAAGUUAUAUACUCGCAGUUUUUUUCAAAUUGAUUGGUUUCAAACUUAUUUUACUGAAUAAAUUGUUCACGGAAAUUAUGUAUGAAACCAAAUAAUUUGAUUUCUACAAAAGUUUUAAAUUUUAGUAAGACUGAUUCUAUAAAAAAUGUAACACGAAAUUUAUAAAAACCACACAAAAGAAUUCUUAUUCUAAUAGUUUGUGAUAAAAAUGUAAAAUGUGUUGCAAUUCUCCUCUCUUCUAUAUUAUAUAUAACUUUUUUUGUUAUAACAACAAAUCGACCCACCGUAGUUCACUUUUAUGAAUAUAAAUUUUCAGUUUUGAAAAUGUAGUCAAUAGGAUGGUCGGAAACCCGUCAUCACUCCUCGGUGUAAGCAGCAAGGUAUUUUGAACUAUAAUAAAGCGCACAACUUAUCGGUAACUAAAGACCAAAAUGUGAGAUAUAAUAAUUUGUAUACCCUUGCAGAAUACUAUAAUACUUUUAGUCAAAAGUUUGAAACGCCGUGAAGGAGACUUUUCCUAAUCACCAGGAGAGUCGAUCUUGCCAUGUCCGUCUGACCGACUAAAUGAACAAAAAUUCGUAGUAUUUAAUCAUAUACGAAACGUUUUAUAUAAAUAGGACGCAAAAUUGAAAAAGCUUCCAUGUUUUGCUGCAAGGGUAAACCAACGAACUUUUAAAACUCGCAUAAGAGGUUAAGAAUCCAUUCAGAAUAUUCACUAUAAUACUGAAAUAGAUACGCCCAGACCUACAUUAACCAUUUUGUACAUUUAUUGUAUUGUACAUGAUGUAUUUUAUAGAGUUUUAUGAAGAAUAUUGGAUUUAUCAUGCUACGAUUAACCUCAUGAUUAAUAAAAAAUUAGAUAAAUAAUUCAAUGAUAAAGCAAAAUUCGAAAACGAUGAGAGAUAAAUCUACAAGCUCUAAAAAAAUGAAAUCCGUCACCCAUCCGUGAGGCGUUAGAGUUCUGAUGCCGACAUAAAAUACAAAUUGUAAGCGAACUGUAAAACUGUUUUAUUAACAGAUCAGUAGCAGACAACCUUUUCUAAUUAGGGAUAUAAGUAAUAAAUAUAGCACUAAACCUUGUUUAAAUAAAUUGAUCGAUUAUAAAGGGAAAAUGGUUUUUCAUUACGUCCCUUAAUUAGAUCAAUUUAGGUUUCAGAUCUAGCUUUAGAAGGUUUAAAUCUCGACUGAGAGCUGUAAAAUUCGAUCGAAGCUUUUUCGAAAACCGAUCCAGCGAAACCAUUAAAAUAUUGUUAUUUGUAUUUGUCAUUUAAUGGAUAAAUUUGGUGUAAUGUAUAAAUUAAUGAGAACCAUAAAAAAUUAUAUAUUAAACCAACUAUUUACAAAUAAAUGGAUUUUACCAAAAAGUUUUACCAAUA